AUGUCUCGCCAUUUCACCGGACUCUUCAAACUCUCUCCUUGGAACCAUGCCCUCAUAAACAAGAGAAGCUUUCGUCUGUUCUCAUCUUCCAUACCUAAUCCGUAUCUGACGCUUGGCACUACUCUGAAGAAUGAUCUGCCAGACGGUAGCGAAAUCAGAGACGUCCUCUUGUUUGAUCCAGCCAAGGAAGAGAUGGUCACAGUUCCUGACAAAACAUUCCCUCAAGAGCUCGCCGACUCGAGACAGAUAGGAAGUGCACGUGGAUGGGGAGUUUUCUCUAACGAUCAUGAUCGUUCGUUAUGCAUCAGCGACAUUAACAGUACCUUGGCUUCCAAGUCAACAAACCCUACAAUGAUUCCUCUGCCUCCACUUGUUGCUGUACACUCCAACCAAACAAAUCUAGUCUGGAACGUGGCGGUGUCAUCUUCUCCUCAUGAUCAAGACUGUGUGGUUGCUGUCAAGCUUUUGGAUAGACAGCUUAGUCUGUGUAAACCACACUGUGACAUGCGUUGGACUAACGUUGGGGAGUUGCUUAUUGACAAGUUGGAGAAUCUGGAGAACUCGAAUCUCAUGUAUUCCAAGAGAGAAGGGAGAUUCUACUUGCCUGGUCCUGGAGGCAACUCCUUGUACUCAUGGGAUCUCCACUUGAAGAAGAAUAAAAGCCCUAAGUUCCAUGAGUUGUUGUUCCGUGACCUUCCUGAGCUUGAUGAUUCCGAGUGGAAGCUGUUGGGUUGGUGUUGCAGAACGGAACACCUUGUGGACUCAGUCUCCAAUGGCGAACGUUUUCUUGUCAAAUGGUAUGCACAGCGCGUCUUCUCGGCGAGUCAUGAAGGAAGCAACUACACGACGAGGAGGUUCAUGGUGUUUAGAGAGAAGAUGACAACAGUGGAAGGAAGAUGCAUGUAUUACACUGAGGAUAUUGGAGAUGUUUGCAUGUUUCUUUCAAUGAGUGAGGCUUUCUGCGUCAAGGCAAGCUCUUGCUCUGGUCUCAAGCCUAACUCCAUUUAUUAUAUAGGCCAUGGGUUUGGUAUUUACAAUAUCGCUGACGCAACGAUCCAUCAUUUUCAAGCUCCUGAAGGUGCACCUACUUCUUUCAAGGACCCUUAUUGGCUUCCUCCUUCUUGCAUAUAG